AUGUGUGAUGUGCUGAAGUUCUUGUUCCUUUUCAGCAGGGCUAUAGGCAUUGCUCCAUUUGCCUUCGAUUACAUAAAUGUAAAACUAGUUGCGUCUACUGCAGGAAAACUAUUGAGUACUGCUGUGAGCUUGCUGUUAUUGGUUCCCGUCUAUCUUGAAGUUUCAUCAGUCUUGCAGGGUCAUAGUUAUACAGACAGUAUACUAAAAUAUUCUGAUGUUUUCAGCGACAUGCUCUGCAUAGCCUCGGCUUUUGCUCCAGUACUGUGCAGUUUUAGAGUGAAGCAGCAACUUAUGGACUCUUUGUUUGUUAAAAUAGUCGCAGUAGAUACUUUAUUGUAUGAAGGGCGUACGAAACGUGGCACUGAUUCUGCAUCAUUUCUCUGGUUCAUGUUUACUGGAAUGUAUAUUUUAUUAGGUGUAGUUUAUGGCAACUAUUUGUGGAUAUUCCCAGGAAGCUAUCAUUUUUACAAGCUGAUGCCAUCGAUCGGUAUAGACACUAUCAGAAGUUGUAAUAUUCUACAGUUUUUCACCCUCAACCAGCUAUUACGAGAGAGGUUUAAGAAACUUAAUGAGAAGUUGUUACAAGUAUUCCGGAUAUCCAGAGAAGAAGAAUUAGAUUUAACAGUGGCAACAUCCCUUAGUAAUUUCUCCGAUUCACACAUUACGUUGAGAGUCGGAAAGCCCAACGCAAGAGAACAAUUCCUCUUUGGCAAUGCAAAAUCUACUGUUACAUCGAUCAGAAGAAUUAGUAGCAGCAGAUUAUCAUCUCAUACACCAGUGACAACAGCGAACAGUCGUAUACGUUUGAUACAAUUACGGCGGGCCCACUUCCUUCUCUGUGAACUUAGCCAAAAUGUGAACAACCUCUUCAGCAUACAAAAUCUCCUACAGCUAAUUAGCUGCUUUGUGUGUGGCUUGUCAUACACCUACACAGUUGUGGUGAACAUUAUGAAAUUAAAAAUAUCAACGUCGGCAUACGUAGAAGCUCACCUUAUACUGUUGUGCAUUUCAGUGGUUACAGUCAAUGUCUGGUGGCUCGGCAGCAUUGCCUACAGCAGUGAGGCGGUAAAACGAGAAUCUGGCCGCACGGACCGUCUGGUGAAGAAGCUGCUGCUGUUGCCAAUACAAGUCGACUGCAGCUGUUCUGCAGAACUUCAUCUGUUCGCCCAGCAGCUGGCUGCGAGUCUGGUCAGCUACACUGCAGCAGGGCUCUUCUCGCUGGACCUGUCAAUGGUGAAGCCAGCCGUGGCCACCGCCGCCACUUAUCUGGUCGUUAUGCUCCAGUUUGGAUUGUCUGAUAUCUGCACGCAGUCAAACAACACUAGUAACUAUCUUGAUGAAGCUACUAAUUAA